GCCGAGGCCGGGGCCGGGGCCGCGGCCGGGGCUGGGGCUGGGGCAGGAGCCGGGGCCGCGGCUGAGCGGGGACAGAGCGGGGUCGCCGCGCCCUUCGAGCCCCCCGAGGGCGGCUUCGGCUGGGUGGUGGUCUUCGCCGCCGCCUGGUGCAACGGCUCCAUCUUCGGCAUCCACAACUCCUUCGGGAUCCUCUACAUGAUGCUGCAGAGCGACCUGGGCGAGGGGGAGAAGGAUCCGGCGCUAGAGUUUAAAACAGCGUGGGUCGGCUCCCUGGCCAUGGGAAUGAUUUUUUUCUGCUCUCCCAUCGUCAGCAUCUUCACAGACCGGAUCGGCUGCAGGACCACAGCGGCCAUGGGAGCUACCAUCGCCUUCAUCGGGCUCCUCUCCAGCUCCUUCACCAAGUCCCUGGAAGUCCGUUAUUUCACAUAUGGGAUCCUCUUUGGCUGUGGCAGCUCCUUUGCCUUCCAGCCCUCGCUGGUCAUCCUCGGCCACUACUUCAAGCGCCGCCUGGGCCUGGCCAAUGGCAUCGUGGCCGGGGGCAGCUGCCUCAUCUCCGUGCCGCUCCCCUUCUUCCUGAAGAUGGUCGGGGGUGCCAUCGGGCUGGCACACACUUUCCAAGUACUCAGUGCCUUAAUGCUCAUCCAGAUCUUCUUGUCCAUGACCUACCGGCCCAUCCUGACGCCUUCUUGUGACUCUCAGCACGACGGGCACGACAAGAUGGGCAGCCGGAGCAUGAGGCAGCAGUGCUGGGCCCAGACCCGCAAGUAUUUCAACCUGAGGGUUUUCCGGAGAAAGACCUAUCGGAUUUGGGCUUUUGGGAUUGCUACUGCUGUCCUGGGAUACCUCGUACCUUACAUGAACCUGGUCAAAUAUGUGGAGAAGCGAUUUCAGGAAACCAAAAAGGACUGGAUCCUCCUGGUUUGCCUCGGGGCCAUGUCGGGGCUGGGGCGCUUGGUUUCGGGCCGCAUUGGCGACUGCAUUCCCGGGCUGAAGAAGAUUUACCUGCAGGUUGCGUCCUUCAUGCUGUUGGGCCUCCUGUGCAUGAUGAUCCCCCAGUGCCGAGGCUUCGAGGGCGUCAUUGUCAUCUGCCUCUUCCUUGGCCUCUGCGACGGCUUCUUCACCACCAUCAUGGCCCCCAUCGCCUUCGAGCUGGUGGGGCCCAUGCAGGCGUCCCAGGCCAUAGGGUACCUCAUGGGGCUGAUGGCCGUGCCCAUGACCGCGGGCACGCCCAUUGCAGGAUACCUCAACGAUUACUUUGGGAAUUACGACGCGGCCUUUUACUUUGCGGGGGUGCCGCCCAUCAUCGGCGGCCUGGUGCUCUCCGUGGUGCCGCUGGUCCACCAGAGGAUGCUGAGGAAGCAGCGCCUGGAUUCCGGCAAAGACAAGAUGCUGGUGUCGGAGGCGGUGGUGAACGGGGAGCUGCUGCCCGGCUGCCCGGCCUCCGAAGCACACAUGUGA